AUGUCUAACAACGGCGGACUCCUCGGCGGCCUCGGCGACACCGUCGGUAAAACCGUCGGCGGCGUUACCAACACUGUGGGCGACACUGUCGGCGGAGUCGGUCAAACCGUCGGAGGCGUGACCUCUGGUCUGGGCAACACCGUCUCCGGUGCCACGGAGGGUCUGGGAAACACCACCAAGGGUCUCGCUGGCGGCGCUGGCGACCAGGGCCAGAGCAGUGAAGUCAAGAGCGUGGGUGGUCAGGAGCAGACUGCUUCUAACCCGCUCGGUUUGAACAACUAG